ACCAGUCAUCUGCCUCAGUCACUCCAGUGGUGUGCUGCCGGGAGGUGCUGCACAUGUGCUUACAUGCGCGAUAAUACUGCGCUUCCCUCUCUCCGCCCCACGAGGCAAACCCUCCUAAACCAUUUCGUUACGUCCUAAACUCAUAUUUGGAACACUUAACCACAGCAACUUACUACCGGUGAUAUGAAGCUAAUGGCAAUAAAGUGAUAAUGAAACUUAUACAAGAAAUGACUGUACGACCUUAGGACCCGCCCAGUAUCUAGCAUACAAAGUGCGAUUUGUCAUGAUUCUACAAGUUGUAUUUGUACUGUAUACAGUGUCCACACUUCAAGUUACAAGUUAUCAGUUCCUGAGAGCUCUUUCCAGCGACAAGCAAUAGUGAAGGAGAAUUCAGAAAAUCAACUAUGGGAGUUCAUGAUCCAGGACCAUCGCCGACAGACGCUGACAGUCAUGAGCACCAAAGGCCUAAUACCAGACAAAUCCCCCACACCGUGGACACCACGCAACCCGGUCCUAAUACGCAGGACUCGCAAAGACCUCGCCUGGGACGGUUGGCGAGUUUGUUACCUUCUAAAUUCCUAUCUUUCACGAGAGAUCGACGACAAGGAUCGGCUACCUGUAGGGUAGGCGCCGUGGACAGCGAGCAUGGGAGGACUGAGAAACAGGACCGGAGGUACCCAGAGAAAUGGAUGGUAGGGGUGAGCAUUGCAGGUGUAGUCGUCUCUGGCCUGGUUCUCAUCAUUGUCCUCUUCCCGCUCCUCACUACUACUACUACUUCACCCUCACCCAUCUACUCUAACAGAAGCCAACAUCCCAAAUAUUCAGCUGGCGAACUAUUUCAAUCAAACACUAUUAGAGAGGAUGAAGCAAAUCUUAAAGAAAUCUUAGAGUCCCCAGAUUAUGAGUUGCGACCAUCAUUCAAGAAGCCAUCAGACCCCUCGCCUGACCUCCACGACUUCUACAGCUACGUGGUCGAUAAUAUUCGAGGUGCCAUGAAUUUGAGUGUUCCGCCCUGUGAUGACUUCUACCAAUAUGCCUGUGGGAACUGGAAAGAGCAGCAUCCUCCUCCAAAAGGAGUAUCAAGUUGGAGUAACUUCGAGGCAAUGACUGUCAGAAUCUGGGAUAUGAUGGAAGAAGAGCUGGAGGCUUUUAUGAAUAACAGUGACAAAAAUGUGAAUUAUAAAACCAAUUUACAAACUGUAUUUGAUGAACCUUUAACUAAAUCACGUUUAAAUAAAGCCGAUACUUUUGUAUGGAAAUUAGUGACCGACUAUUAUGCAUCAUGUGAAAAUGAAACUAAUUUGGCUCUGCUUGGUGUUGGCCCUCUUCAAGACGUUCUUCACCAAAUGGACCAAGAAUACCAGCGUAUUAAGUUGCAGUCGCAACCUUUGGAAGCAUUCCAAAGGAUACUGGAAUAUGUCCAUUAUGACCUAGCCAUACAUGCCUUCUUCAGUUGGAAGGUCGAGACUGACAACACUAUUGCAAAUGCCAUGGCUAUUGAACUAACAACACCAAGCGUGGAUCUGGUGCCACAAGGCACUGUUGUCAGAGGCAACGAUGAACUUAUCACAGUAUAUAAGCAAUAUGCUUCAGAUAUUCUUGAAAUGGUUGGCACAUUUGCCAACAACAGUGUGGAAAACGAGGUUCAUAUUAUCCUUGAACUCUUGCAAAUUCACCAGCCAGUGGGUGGUUCUUUGCUGGUGAAUGAUACAAAUAUUGAAGAGUUGAACAGUGUUGCACCCUUUUUAGACUGGCAAAAGUAUUUCAACAAAGGCUUCAACAAUGUGGGUACAUUCAUUACCAUAAAUGAACGCAUACUCUCUCUAAUUCAGGAUUAUUUGGCAGCCAUCUCCAUUGAAAUAAUGGAAGAAAUCUCACAUAAUGGGUCAGACAGAUUGUAUAUAUUUCUCCGCUGGCAGGUGGUGCAAUAUUACAGUCAAUUUCUUCACAAGGAAGCCAGGAAUACAGUCCUACCAUUAUUUGACAUCAUAACUGGAGAAGAUGCAACUGCUUUGCCAAAAUUUCGCUUUCGACCAUGUAUCAAGGAACUGGAAGAGAGACUCCCACUUCCUAUUGCUUACCUUUUAAUGGAAAUUAUCAAGGAGCAGCUUCAACAAGGACCAACCAUCCAUAGCAUGAUAAAGAAAGUGGAACAAAUGGCCGAUAACAUCCGAAACGAAUAUGUAAGUUAUAUAGAUUCCUUCAAGUGGUUGAAUUCGAAGGCUAAAAGUGUGCUGGUUGAGAAAUUAAGAAAUGUUAACAUACUUGUAGGUUACCCACCAAUCCUUGAUGAUAUGUUUGAGCUCCACAGUUUAUUUGAGAAUUUAAACUUUAACAAGAAAAAUCUAUUGCAUAAUCAAAUAAACUUGUUAAAAUUUAAUCAAAAUCAGCAAAUGAGGUUCUUGAGACAGCCAGGAGCUUACAGCGAGUGGGAAAUUCUGUCGCCGAUGUCCCUGAUCAGCUUUUACGUGUAUCGUAGAAAUACUUUACUCAUACCACUGGGAGGAUUCAUGUACCCUCUGUACAACUCUGAUCUUCCAGAAACACUCUCAUAUGCCACAAUGGGUACAUUCAUCAGUCAUGAGCUGGGACAUGCUAUUGAUUUUGUGGGUCGCACUAGAGACCUGUAUGGUAGGGCUAAUGCCACCAUGUGGGAUGAACAAACUGUUGUCGACUUUGUUGAGAAAGUAUUAUGUCGUAUUAACCAAUACACUGAGAACUACUAUCCAAUUCAGGGUCUUUUAACCAUCGCUGAAGUGAUGGCAGAUGAUGGCAGCAUUGGAAAUGCUUACAGAACAAUACAAAGCAAGCUCCCCAAUACAAAACUCCCAUCCUUAAUAAGUGAGCUUUUGACCGAGCUACACCUUUCACCGGAUCAAUUAUUCUUCUUGCAAUAUGCCCAACUGUUUUGUGCUGCAUCCAUUAAUGGUAUUCCACCCAAAGGUGUAGCCCAUUACCCACCACAUUCUGUAAGAGUUAGGGCCACACUUUCCAACACUCCUGAUUUCCAAAGGGUAUUUGCUUGUGAUGAAGAUACCAAAAUGAACACUAUUAAAGACAAGUGUGAUAUAUGGUAAUUGCAACAACAAAAAUCCUAUCAAUAUUCUCAGUUUAAAAGAUUGUCAAUAAUCAGGGAAUAAUCAAUCGGUUGCAGACAUUACUCUUGUGCAUUUCUUUGUAUUAACAAGUUUGAUUAUGUAUAAAGAUGCAGCAUAUUUAUGGUCAAGACUUCUGAACUGUGACAGGAGUUAUAAAUGUAAUAUAUUAAAAUAUUUAUAUAUUUUUUUAAAUGUAGUACUGUAUAUUUAAUUACUGUAUAUCUUAUAUGUGUAAAGCCAUUAAAAAUAUAGUACAAAACAAUACAAUAUAAGUUAU